GGUGUGGAAAAGCAGGUGUGAUUCAUGAAUAAACUGUACUUUGCAACCCUGUAAGAUACUGAUGAAACAAAUAGAAUUUUCACAGACAUGGAUAAUACAAGAACACAAGACACUUUUUCACAGUUAAGCCAGGAAAAGAUCCUCAAAAUUAUGAACAUGGUGAAAAAUAAAGAAGUGAGCAUUGAGGGGGCUUUGCAUUUGGCACAGAAGGAGGUGUAUGCUGAGAAGGAUUCCCAGGAUUUGUUAACUGGAUCACAAUUUAACUUCAUUAUCUACAAAUACAAACACUAUCGGUGGCAGAAGCGAAUUUUGCAGAUUGAUUUCAACUCAAGGACCAUUUUUAACAUUGAAAAAGGAAUUAUUAAGAAACAGUUCCCUUUCUCUCAAGUCAAAGCCUGUGAAGACACUGAAAGGAGGCGUUUCACCAUUGUGUUUCAUGGGAGACAAGAUUAUGAGCUGGAAGCUGUGUCUCUUGAUGAUAAAAGGAAGAUAAUAUACCUCCUGAGUAGAGUUUUACAGAGCAAUUCAUACAAGAGACCAGUGGAGUCCUGCUCUGGGAGACCUGCAGAAUGGGAUGUGAUACAUGAAGGGCUGCUGGAUUUGCAGCAAAACACUUUUGCAUCCACUGAAUGGGUGAAGUACUUGGUGCAACUACGUGAAGGAGAAUUGAGUUUAUAUUGCAUAGGUCUGGGAGGAAAGAACAGGACUGCAGACCCUGGAGCAAACACAAUUAAUUUGUCAGGUGGGGAUGUGAGUGUCAGCAAGGAGAAUGGAUGCAGCACCUUUUCAGUUCAGACCAAAGAUCACAAUUACUUGUUUCGAAUACCCUUUACUGUCCAAAACAGCAGGCCAGAGGAUGUUGGCAAGCUCCAGAAUGAAUGGGUGUCUCUCCUAGAAAGGUACUGUCAGCUGGGCCAGGGGGCCUCCCCACCUCAGGAGGAAUCUCAAGGAUGCACCUCCCCUGAAUCUGAUUAUGAGGAAUUCAUUGUACCUCUGAAUGAACAGAAAGAGGAGACUCUGCACUUUGGUGUGAGUUCUGCAAGGACCAGUCUGAACAAGUCUCCAAGUCCACAGACAAAGCCUGCAGAGGGGGAAGCAGCCCCAGCAUCACCAUCUCUUCCACUUCCCAUAAGUAGGGCCGAGGUACCACCAGCCCCUCCUGCCCUUCCACAGCCCUGCAGCCUCUCUCCAGCAGCAAAGAGAACCAAAGCCUUUCACUGGGAUGUUGUUCCUUCUGAUAAGAUUCACAAAUCUCUCUGGGGAUCACGUGACCCGUGUAAGAAGAAAAUUGAUGUAUCCAGACUCAGUGAACAGUUCCAGAUCCAGGACACAGCAGUGUUUUCAGGCAAUGAGCCUUCAGUGAUUCAGCACAUCAUGUUAGACCGAAAAGUUGCACACAACUUCAAUAUUUUUCUUAAAAGUUUCCGUAUCAAACCAAGUGAGCUGAAAGAAAAACUGUACAUCAUACAUGAGGAGAGUGGUGGACUCACAGAUGAGCAGAUUACAGCACUAAGGAGAUACAUGCCAACAGCAAAAGAUGUAGAAAGGUACCAGUCAUUCAGGGGGUCGUGUUCAGAGCUGCACGUGGUUGACCAGUUUAUGUUAGAGAUGUGUAAAAUCCCUCACUUAGGCCAGAGGUUGGAUCUCCUGCUCACUGUUCGUGAGCUCCCUGAGAGCAUGAGAGAUUUGGAGCCUCUGAUAAACCAGAAGAUCCAAGCCAGCAAGCAGCUCCAAUCCAGCCAGAAGUUUGUUGCUGUUUUGGAGUACAUUUUAGCCAUUGGGAACCAUCUAAACGAGAAGGCUGGAAAAGAGGUGGCGAAAGGAUUUCGAUUGUCAUCUUUGGCCAAAUUACCUCUGCUGAGGGGUAAAGAGAGGACGUUCACUUUGCUUCACGCCCUUGUGGAACAGAUCCUUUUACAUGAGCCUGAUCUGGCCACAUUUUCUCAGGAGUUGACAGAAUUUGAAGCUGUUCCUGAUGCUUCCAUGAAGGGCCUCAGUGCUGAAGUUGAUGUUUUAAGAAAAGAAUUGGAAAACAUUAUUCAGUGCAGGAGGCUUAUUAAACCCAAGUCAAUCAAGGCAACACCCCAGGAACUACAGUUCUGCAAGGAACUAAAGGAUUUAAUUCAGAAAUAUGAAGGGGAUCUAUCCCAGCUGUCAAAAAGAUGUGAUGAAAUGAAGAAGCUUUAUAGCAACGUACUGGUAAAAUUUGGGGAGCCACAAGACCUGGACUCCCAAGAACUCUUUGGAUGGAUAUCUUCCUUCAUUGGUGACUUUAGGAAGGCCUGUGCUGAAGUCACACCAUAAGGAGACCUUAGAGAGAGGUGAGGGAAAGAGGAGUCCAGGAAACAAGAUUUAUUUGGUUUGUUACUUAUUGAUAAAAAGCACAUAACCAGUAUCUAUACAGCAGAACACCUGAUUCUGAGAGAUAUCCAGUUUAUAAUGUGUAAUUUGUAAGUGGUAUUUGUAGAAUCCCGAUGACUUAAGAGCCUCUCAGUUUUUCUGAUGUACAUGUUACAGCACCUUGAGAUUCCUGUAUAUUUAGAAAGGAAACACUUCUGACAUUUUGUAACUUCUCUUUUCAAUCUUCUCCUUUGAUACCCAGUCUUCUGACUCAGUUUUAACUAUUAUUUUCAAUGAGUAAGUUUCUGUAUGGUCUUCUGAUUUCUAAAUAAUACUUUCCCAAGUUUAAUAAAGAAAUGGGGAACUGUUACCCACAGAGGAGACUAUUUAACUAGAAUUCUAUUUUUUUUUUUCUGCUAUUAAAACACUGAAGCCUUAGUAUGGAAUGGAGAAAGUAUCUGGCUGGGUGUUUUGUUUUGUAGUACAAUAAAAUGGUGCUUUUUAAGGCUAAUGUCAUGUAUUGGGAUAAAAUGCUACAGAAAUCAAUCAAUAUGUGAGAUUUGCAUUUGCAGGAAGACAAAAAUGUCAGAGAAGCAAAAUAAAAAGGUGUCACAAAGCAUCUAAGUAAUGGAUAUGAGAGGUGAUUAUCCAUGGUUUUCAAAAGAGAAAAUACUUCUGUUACAUU